AAUGGAAACAAGUAGAAUGGAAUGGAAGGCAGGCAAGUAGUGUAAUAAUGUUGGUGAAUAGGGUUUUUGUGGUGUUGAUGUUUGUUGUUUAACGUAGAAUGGAGGAAAAUUUGUAAUAGGAAUGAAUAUGCAGAGACGAAACCUCAACUACCAUUGACGGUUGGUCUGAAGUUGAAAAGAGACGUCUCCAUUAUCAAUUCUUGAAGCAAACGACGACGACGACGUCGACGUCAUCACAUUGCCUCACUGCCUUUUGUUUUCAUUCUCAUUCGCUUUCUCCUAUUCUUUGUUGCUUCAGAUCUCUGUUUCCCUCUUCCAUUCUAGGGCGCCUUCUUUCUCUUAUAUAUUUCCUUUUUCUUUAAUUCCAUACACAGUGCCGCUGCCUGUGUAUGUACCCACUUCAUUGUUGCCAUUCACUCGAUCGAUGACAAUUUUCUAGAUUUGCGUAUUGUGUUGUUGAUUAUUGGAUAUUUUUCCAUUGUUCGGGGGGAAUGGCGGUGGAUUCUGGACCUGUGACGCCGGGACAGGUGUCAUUUUUGCUUGGAGUUAUCCCAGUCAUUGUGGCGUGGAUAUACGCAGAGUGGUUGGAAUAUAAGAAGUCAUCAUCUCUUUCCAAAGUUCAUUCAGAUAAUAAUUUGGUUGAAUUAGAAAGUGAAACAAUCAAGGAAGAUGAUCGAGCUGCUUUAAUGGAAGGAGGUCUUACAAAAACUUCAUCUAUGAAGUUGCCCAAUCCAUCCAUUAAAACAAACUUAAUUAGGUUUUUGAUGAUGGAGGACUCCUUUUUGCUGGAAAAUAGACAACUCUUAAGGGCAAUGGCUGAAUUCGGGGGAAUUUUGUUCUAUUUCUACUUAUGUGACCGCACAAACUUUUUUGCAGAUUCAACAAAGAGCUACAGCCGUGAUCUCUUCAUUUUUCUGUUCCUUCUCCUUAUUAUAGCUUCAGCAAUGACUUCCCUCAAGAAACAUAAUGACAAGUCCGCAUUUUCUGGGAAAUCUAUACUUUAUCUUAACCGCCAUCAGACUGAAGAGUGGAAAGGAUAUAUGCAGGUCUUGUUUUUGAUGUACCAUUACUUUGCUGCAACAGAGAUCUACAAUGCAAUUCGUGUUUUCAUUGCUGCAUAUGUGUGGAUGACCGGUUUUGGAAACUUCUCUUACUAUUACAUCAGAAAAGAUUUUAGUGUUGCUCGAUUUGCUCAGAUGAUGUGGAGGCUCAACUUUUUCGUGACAUUUUGUUGUAUCGUACUUAACAACGACUACAUGUUGUACUAUAUCUGCCCUAUGCAUACCCUCUUUACUCUUAUGGUGUACGGAGCCCUUGGUAUAGGCCACAACUAUAAUGAGAUCAGAUCAGUGAUGGCUCUGAAAAUCUUUAUGUGCUUUUUUGUGGUUAUCCUGGUAUGGGAAAUUCCAGGAGUUUUCGAGAUUUUGUGGAGUCCUCUUACGUUUUUGUUAGGAUAUGAUGAUCCUGCAAAACCAGAUCUUCCUCGACUACAUGAAUGGCAUUUUAGAUCUGGGCUUGAUCGCUAUAUAUGGAUUAUUGGAAUGAUCUAUGCCUAUUUCCACCCAAAUGUUGAGAAGUGGAUGGAGAAACUGGAGGAGGCUGAGAGCAAGCGGAGACGCAUGAUCAAGACAUCCAUCGUUACAAUCACCGUAAUUGCUGGGUAUCUGUGGUACGAAUGCAUAUACAAGCUGGACAAAGUUUCAUAUAACAAGCUCCAUCCUUACACGUCGUGGAUACCUAUAACUGUAUAUAUUUGUCUACGAAAUUUCACUCAGCAGCUUCGGAACUUUUCUUUGACCCUCUUUGCGUGGCUUGGCAAAAUUACAUUGGAAACUUACAUUUCCCAGUUUCACAUAUGGCUCAGAUCAAACGUACCCAAUGGACAGCCUAAAUGGCUGCUCUGUUUUAUUCCAGACUAUCCUUUGCUCAACUUCAUGCUUACAACUGCCAUUUACGUCUUUAUAUCGUAUCGACUUUUUGAGCUGACCAACACACUUAAGUCAGCUUUUGUUCCGACAAAAGAUAAUCGGAGGCUGUUCAACAAUUUUGUUGCUGGAGCUGCCAUCUCUAUCUGUUUAUAUCUUAUUUCAUUCAUUCUUCUCCAGAUCCCUCAUUAAUGAGCUUCUGAACAGAGGCUGUGAAUGCUGAUAGUAAAGAGUGUAUUGGUGGGCACAUGAGCGGGAGAUACGUGGACAUUUGAGCACUGGGAAGGUCUUGCCAUCAAUUGGAAUUUUGUGGCAACUUCAUCAAUUGGAAUUCGUCCGUAGUGGAUCAGUUGUAGAACGGUAUAACCCAGUUUUUGACUUGAACGAGAAAGAAGAGAAACUGGGAGCAUUAUAGUAAGAAUGUUCAUAACCACGGUUAUAUUAAUCUUUCUUAUUUUUUUAUUUUUAUUUUAUACAUGUAACAUCACCAUAUUCCCCCUGUUGUGGGGACUAGUAGUGUAUUGCAAAGUAUUUUAUGGGAACAGCAUUAUCUGCUUAAAUGGUAAAGCAAUUCUAAUGGAAAAUGAUGGAUUGGUGAUCA